AUGAGUAACACUCUGGUGAGAAACCCUGGUCUUUGCGCUCCUGUAAGACUGGCAGGUCGGACCUGUUCAUCGAGCGAGUUCACGUGCGACUCAGGCCACUGUAUCCCCCGCCGCUGGGUCUGCGACUACCAGAAGGACUGCGAGAACGCAGAGGACGAGCAGCAGCAGUGCCCGCCUCCGGAGUGUGAAGCCGAGCAGUUUACGUGCGAGAAAUACGUAUGGAAUGAGUCAUUCUGCAUACCUCAGUACCAUCGCUGUGAUAAAGUCGACGACUGCAAGGAUAAGUCCGACGAACAGGGAUGCUCGUACCGCAAAUGCUUACCGGACGACCACAAAUGUGCCGACACUGGCCUAUGCAUUCCGCCGAACAAGAAAUGCGACGGAUACUUCGAUUGUCGCGAUGAGAGCGACGAGCUGGGCUGUAAUAAAACUGCCUGUGCCCACGAUAAGUUUCGCUGCCGGGAGAAAUGCAUCAAGAAAAGCCAGAAGUGCGACUACCGUAAGGACUGCGAGGACAACAGCGACGAGAAGAAUUGCCAGUUCCCGGCGUGUCACGAAGAUCAGUUCCGGUGCGCUAACUCGCUGUGCAUCCCGCGUCGCUGGCGCUGCGAUGGUCACAACGACUGUCCCGAUGGCUCCGACGAGCUCCACUGUAAAGCCAUCCUGUGUCCGGACUCUAAGUUCCUGUGUGUCGAGGAACACAAGUGUAUAGACAAGGAGAAGCUCUGCGACAACAAUCGGGACUGCGAGGAUGGUUCUGAUGAACGGACAGCUUGCUCCGCGGAGCUGUGCCCCAGUCUGAGCUGCGAAUACGCGUGCCGCUCGUCGAUGGUGGGCGGCGAGUGCUACUGUGGCAGUGGCAAGCAGGUCGCCAACGACUCCAGGACCUGUGUUGACAAGGACGAGUGCCAAGAGUGGGGCUUUUGUGACCAGGUUUGUUUCAACACGAACGGCUCCUACAAGUGCGUCUGCGUCGUGGGCUUUGAAAGAGACGACAAAAGCAACACGUGUCGAGCAAACCGCUUCACCAAGCCUAUGAGGAUCUACUUCACUUACCACGAUAGAAUAUACAAGAUCGUAGAUGAAAGUAACGGCAGAGCAGAGGUUGUGAUGAACACCACCUCAGCCUGGGGGCUGGACUUCCACUACCGUAAAGACACGCUGUACUGGUCCGACACCGAGACCCGGAAGGUGCACUCGGUGAAGAUGUCCCGUAACAGCUCCUCGAGCUCCGGCGACACCACCAUCAGCAUGCCAGGGUCCCUGACGCCUGGAGCCAUCGCCCUCGACUGGGUGGGAGAGAAGCUUUACGUCGUCGAUAUCCUGGGGCAGAAAGUUGAUAUUUUUGACCUGAACAAAAGCUACCACACCAUCGUGCUCUCCAACAACAUCACUGAGCCGCAGGACAUCGGGCUGGACCCCACCAGAGGUCGGAAUUUUGAGGUUCUUUUGGAUGCUGCCUCGUCAAUAAGCCCACCUCCCGCACUGACGAUUGAAGCAGUUAAUAUGUACGGCUCUACGAACGUGCCGGCCCCCAACCGCCUGACGGUGUUCGAGCGCCAGGUCUACUGGACGGACAGCACCCGGCAAGGCGUCAUCCGCAUCGACAAGUUCAACGGCACAGACUCCAUGUCCAGCGUCUACAACAACACCAGCGGCACCAAGAGUCCUAAGGCCAUCCGCGCUGUGCACGAGCUCAUGCAGCCAAAAGUACCUAAUCCGUGCGGCAACAACAACGGUGGCUGCGAGCACCUCUGCAUCAUCACCCACGCGUCCAACGGCAUCGGCUACCGCUGUGCCUGCGACAUCGGCUACCAGCUCAACGACGACCUGCGACGAUGCUCACUGGUCGUCGAAUUCCUGAUGUAUUCCCAGCAAAAGUUCAUCAUGGGUCAGGUCCUGGACCCUGUCUCUGAGAAUUUCAAGCACGCCAUGAAUCCCAUCGUGUCUAAAGACGCCAGGUUCGUGGGACUCGACUUCGAUGCCAACAAGGAAUGGAUUUAUUACUCGGACGUCAGCCUCGACGUCAUCUACCGCACCAAGAGGAAGGGAGGAGGUCGUCAGACGCUGCUGGCCUCACAGAACGAAGGUGUGGAGGGGCUGUCGCUGGACUGGGUGUCGCAGAACUUGUACUACAUCGACAGCAGAAAAGGAACCCUCAACGUCAUCAGCGUUGAGAACCCCAACGCGCGCAGGGUGUUACUUAAGAACCUCAACAGACCUCGCGCUAUUGUCGUGCAUCCUAACAAGGGGUACGUGUUCUUCUCUGAAUGGGACCGUCCCGCUAACAUCAGCCGCGCGUAUCUGGACGGCUCCAACGUGAUGGUGUUCAGGAACGUCCUCCUUGGCUGGCCCAACGGUCUCUCCAUCGACUACCAGACCGACAAGAUCUACUGGUGCGACGCGCUGCUCGACCACAUCCAGUACGCCAACCUCGACGGCUCCGACGUCAAGAUGAUAUCCAGUCCCAGCAUCAGGCAUCCCUUCUCCCUCGUUAUAUUCGAUGACUGGCUGUACGUCACGGAGUGGCGCCACGAUUCCAUCUUCCGCAUGAACAAACUCGACGGUGCGGACGAGACAGUCGUCGCCGAGAUCGAGGAGAGCAACAGACUGUACGGCAUCCGCGUGUACAGUACCCGUGCCCAGACCACCGACCCGUCCCACCCGUGCAUCGAGGGCAAACAUUCGUGCCAUAAAUUCUGCUACCCAAUCCCUGAUAAUUCCACAGGUUUCCUCAUAGCUCAGUGCGGGUGUUCGCAAGGAGAAAAAUUAGACGCAAACGGCAAGACUUGUUCCGUUGAUCCUGAGGCCGAGAAGAACGAUCCAUCGUGCGCACCUUGGGACUUCACGUGCGCAAAUGGAAGAUGUAUCCAGAAGACGUGGAAGUGUGACGGCGCUGACGAUUGCUUCGACAAUUCCGACGAGGAGCAAAAUUGCACGAAAGUGACGUGUACUGAGGAAGAGUUCAGGUGCGAGUCUGGUAAAUGCAUCCCAGCGAUAUUCAAAUGCGAUUCCGACAACGACUGCAGUGAUUUCUCCGAUGAAACAGGAUGUGGGAACUUCACAUGUGAAAGCUCCUACUUCCAGUGCGCUAACGGCCGCUGUAUCCCGCAGAACUGGAAAUGUGACUCCGAAAACGAUUGCGGGGACAGUUCCGACGAGGGUCCUUUGUGUGCAAACAAAACGUGUUCAUAUUUCCAGUUCACGUGCCCCAGCACCGGCACCUGCAUCCCCCAGUCUUGGGUGUGCGACGGUGACAACGACUGCUACGACAACAAGGAUGAAGAAGGCUGUCCUCCGAUAGCUUGCACCGCGGCUCAGUUCAAGUGCAAUAACCAAGUCCAGUGCAUCCAUGAGUCUUAUAAAUGUGAUGGUAUUUCCGACUGCGAUGACUCGUCAGAUGAGCUCGGAUGCGAAAAAGUCGGCACCGAUACUUGCAACAAAGAAAUGCAGUUCCGGUGCGAGAAGAGCGGAGUGUGUCUGCCCAUCAACUGGCGCUGCGACGGCACUCAGGACUGCGAAGACGGGUCCGAUGAGUCGGAGGCCUGUGGCGAGGUGAAGUGUCCGAGCUCUGACUACCGCUGCAACAACUCGCGCUGCGUCUUCCACUCGUGGCUGUGCGAUGGAGAAGACGACUGCGGCGAUGGCUCUGAUGAAUCCAACGCUGAGAUCUGCGGCAAACCUGCGUUCCGUUGCCCCAGCGGUCAAUGGAAGUGCCCGAACUUGGACCGGUCGUGCGUGAACGAGACGUCCGUGUGCGACGGCAAAAAGGACUGCCCCAACGGCAUGGAUGAGGGGCUCGGAUGUAACGUGGAUGACUGCAAGGGCAACAUCUGCUCUGUUGGAUGCAUCCAGACCCCAAAUGGCGCCGUGUGCACAUGUGCUCUAGGGGAGCGCCUGAUGGAGGGCAGCGAGCACGUGUGUGAAGACAUCAACGAGUGCGAGCCCCCAGGCUCCUGCUCACAGUCCUGCACCAACAACAAGGGAUCCUUCGUCUGCUCCUGCGUUGAAGGAUACCUGCUCGACGCCGACAAGACAACAUGCAAGACAUUCAAUCACUCUGAAGCUAAACUGGUUAUCAGCAACCGUCGCAGUAUCCUGCUGGCAGACCUGCAGCAGCGCAGCCUGGAGCGCGUGCCCGUGAGCUUCGAGAACGUCGUGGCUACGGCGUCAGACAUGCACAACAACACGCUCUUCUGGUCCGACAUGAAGCUCAAGAAGAUCAUGAUGAUCGACGAGGGACAGGACCCCGUUGACUUGAUCACGAACGGCCUGGACCUGGUAGAGGGCUUGGCGUACGACUGGAUCACGGGCAACAUUUACUGGCUGGACUCGCGCCUGAAUACCAUCGAGACCGCGUCUCGGGACGGUCGUAACAGAAUUGUUCUCCUCAACAAGAACAUCACGCAACCCAGGGGCCUCAACGUCGACCCCACCGAGGGUUCGCGCUGGUUGUUCUGGACGGACUGGGGCGACAACCCUCGCAUUGAGCGCGCCAGUAUGGACGGCAGCAACCGCUCGGUGAUCAUCAACUCGAAGAUCUUCUGGCCCAACGGCCUCGCCAUCGACAUGCCAACCAAACGCAUCUACUUCGCUGACUCUAAACUCGACUACAUCGACUUCUGCAACUACGAUGGCAGUGGCAGGCAGCAGGUGCUGGCACAGAGCCACUACCUGCUACACCCGCACUCACUGACGGUGUUCGAGGACGUGCUGUACUGGACAGAUCGUCAGCUCAACCGCGUGCUGUCAGCACACAAGUUCCGCGGCGACAACGAGACCGUCGUGUCGCACCUCAUCUCGCAGCCUCUCAGCAUACAUGUCAAGCAUCCCGUGCUGCAGCCGAUGGAGAAGAACCCGUGCGAGGCGGCGUCCUGUGGCCACAUGUGCGUCCUGAAGCAUCCCUCAGGAUACUCCUGCCUCUGCAGGCCAGGAUACAAGCUCUCCUCAACCGGGAAAUGCAACAGAGAGGAGACCCCGUACCUGAUGGUGAUCAAGGGGGAGCAGAUUGUGGACCUGGAGCUCAUGCCUGGCGAGGCACAAGGAACCAUCGGUUACUUCACGCCCGUGAUCGGCGUCAAGAACGGCGUGCAGCUCGACUACGACAGGAAGGACGACACUGUCUUCUGGGUCGAGCUCGACGAGCCUGACAGUGACAAUGGCACAAUUUACUCGAUGAAGCUGUCGGGAGGCAACAAGACCGAGUACCUCGGUCCGUCGGGCAUCGUGGGGCGCGCGUACGCCAUCGCCUUCGACUGGGUCGCGCGGAACAUGUACGUCGGCAACCGCGCUGCCAACAACAUCCAGGUGAUCAAAGUGAAGGAUGAAGACACGCGCUACCAGAGCGUCAUCCUAGCCAACGACGGCACGGCGCUCGGCGUCAGCAGACCGAAGAGUCUGUGCCUAGACCCACUCAUGGGUCGGCUGUACUGGCUUGACGAAGGAGGAGUUGGUGUACCAGCAAAGGUUGGUCGCGUCAACAUGGACGGCACGGAGAGCCUCAUCCUGCACAACUUCACGUCCGUGCUGCGGCCACAAGCCAUCACCAUCGACGUCGAGUCGCAGCAGCUCUACUGGUCCACCAGCAAUGAGGCUUCCAUCAUGACGAGCGAUCUGAGCGGUAACUUCCUACGCAAGAUCCUGACUGAGGCCGACAACAUCGCCAAGCCUGGGGCCCUCGCCGUCUACACCUCACGACUUUACUACCUGGACUCGGUGUAUGAGAAGGUGGUUCGCGUCGACCUUCCUGACGGCAAGAACCCUGUGAAGCUCAUGGACAACAUCCAGGAUCUGAGCACCCUGAAGAUAUUCCAGAAGCGCCCGAUGAUCUCCUCUCACCCCUGCACCGUGGGCAACGGAGGCUGCGAACACAUCUGCAUACCUAAGAUCAGCAACCAGCGAGUGUGUAAAUGCUCAACUGGAUACAAGCCCGACGAUGAAACGAGAUGCAAGCCUUACAAGAGCUUUGCCAUCGUCUCGCAGCUCGACAUCGUCAGAGGAUACAGUCUCGAUGAAGCCGCUGAAGCCAUGACGCCCAUUUCUGGACCAGGCCAUAACGUUCUACACGUCGACUUCCACUACCUCAAGAACUUCAUCUACUGGAUCGAGUUUAACCUGAUCGGCUUGAACGGCAUUUAUCGCUCUAACCCGAACGGGUCUAGCCUAGAACCCAUAAUUUCGAGCGGGAUCGGGUCCAACGGCAUCAGGGGCCUUGCCAUCGACUGGAUCGCGAAUAACAUGUACUUCACGAACGUGUUCCCUCACGAGACUCAUGUCGAGGUCUCCUGGCUCGACGGCACCCAUAGGAAGGUCCUGCAACGGCUCACUAAAGACGCCCCUAGGGAGCUCGCUGUCAACCCUGUCAAGAGAUACCUGUACUGGAUAGACUACGGUCAGUUCCCCGUGAUCGGAAAGGCUUAUCUGGACGGGUCCAAGUGGCAGCCCAUCGUGACGUCGGGCGUGAGCAACCCCCGUGACAUUACCGUGGACAUGUUCACCCACGACGUCUACUGGGUCGACUCUAGACUGGACACCAUCAAUAAGGUGAGCUUCAGUGGCGGUAACCGCCAGGUGAUCCGUCGAGACCUGCCGAGCCCCAUGGGCCUGGCGCUCUUCAACGGCUCGGUGUUCUGGCUGGACCGCAACCUGGGCACCAUCUUCAAGGCAUCCAAGUACGUGGGCAACACCACGCAGGCCGAGCGCUUCAAGAGCAACCUCAGAAGUCUCAGAGACAUCGCCAUAUACGACGCUGGAAACCAGCCUUCCAAAGCUGAAAGUCCCUGCGCUCGUCUCGGCAAUGGCGGCUGCGAGCAGCUCUGCUUCAGCUUCCCCAUCGACGCGCCUAACAUCACGCGUCUUAAAUGCGCCUGCGCAUCAGGCGUCCUCGCCGAGAAUCAACGCAAUUGUGAAGACUCUGAUGAAUUCAUCAUCUUCACAACAAGAACGGAAAUUAGGAGUCUUUCAUUGACACCUAAGAGUACCACUGUGCCAUUCAAGACCAUCGAGGGUCUCAUGAACGUCGUGGGCAUCGAUUACGACUUCGAAGACAAAAAACUCGUCUACACGCAGAUUCGCCCUGAGACCAAAAUAUCGAUCUUGUCGAGUGAGUCUCCGAACAUUGAGAACGCAGAGACCAUCAUUGAACACGGCAUCAAUCCUGAUGGCGUGGCAUUCGAUUGGGUGUCACAGAAAAUUUAUUGGACAGACUCAGCGAACAACAGCAUUUACGCCAUGAACAUGGACGGCACCGACGUCGUGAUGAUCAUACAAGUCGGCAGGCCCCGAGCCAUCGUCUUAGAUCCGUGCAGAGGUCACAUGUACUUCACGGACUGGGGUCGUUUCGGCACGUCGGGCAAGAUCUACAGAUCCACGAUGGCAGGAUCGUAUCGUGAAGAGAUCGUGUCGACGGAUCUGUCGCAGCCCAGCGGCCUGGCCAUCGAUUACGAUGACGAGAUGCUCUACUGGACUGAUGCCGUCAAGGAGAAAAUUGAGCGGAGCUUCUUGAACGGAACCAGGCGAGAGUUGCUGGUAGCGGCAACAAUCUACCCAUUCGCCAUAACGGUGCACGGAUCCUACAUCUACUGGACGGACCUGCAGUUACGGGGCGUCUACAGGGCAGACAAGUAUACUGGCAGCAACAUGGUAGAGAUGGUACGCAGGCUGGAGGAAUCUCCCCGCGACAUCCACGUCUUUUCGAGCACAAGACAAAAGUGCAACCUCAACCCCUGCCAAGUGAACAACGGCGGCUGCGCCCAGUCCUGUCACCCUAGCACUGAUAACAAGGUGGAGUGCAAGUGCAACAACACCCUGAAGUUGGUCAACGAAGGCAAGAUGUGUGGUCCGUCUAACCACACGUGCCAGAGCAACAAGUUCUACUGCGGCAACGGCAAGUGCAUCUCCAGACUCUGGGCCUGCGAUGGCUCCGACGACUGCGGCGACAACAGCGACGAGGAUAAGAACUACUGCACUUACCACACGUGCAAGCCUAACGAGUUCCGGUGCUCGAACGGCCGCUGCAUUUUCUCGACGUGGAAGUGCGACCACGAAGACGACUGCGGCGACCGCAGCGACGAGGAGGGAUGCGAGUACCCGGACUGCGCUGAGGGCGAGUUUACCUGCGCCAACCAUCGCUGCAUUCCUCAGAGCCAGGUGUGUAACGGCGUGAACAACUGCAAGGAUAAGAACACGACGGACGAGUCGCCUGAGCGCUGCCCUGAAGUGACGUGUCCCACGCACCACCUCAAGUGCCAGAACACCACCAUCUGUGUUGAGCCCUACUGGCUCUGUGAUGGUGACAACGACUGUGGUGACAACUCUGACGAAGACGUACUGCAUUGUUCCAACCGAUCCUGUCCCCCCAACAGCUUCAGAUGUACGAACCAUCGUUGUAUCCCUGGGACGUGGCACUGUGAUGGGGACGACGAUUGCGGUGACGGCGCUGACGAGCCUGAGGAAUAUUGUGGUCAGGAGGGACGCACCUGCUUCGGUGACCUCUUCACCUGCGACAACGGCAACUGCAUCCCCAACAUCUACCUCUGUGAUGGCGACAACGACUGUCUUGAUGGCUCUGAUGAAGACGACCGCCAUCAGUGCAACAGCCGCGAGUGCAAUGAGAAGGAAGAGUUCCACUGCUCGGCGAACAAGCAGUGGGGGAGAGCGAUGUGCAUCCCCAAGCGUUGGGUGUGUGACGGUGACCCCGACUGUAUUGAUGGAGCUGACGAGAACAGCACCAUCAACCACUGCCCUCCACCCAAAGAGUGCGGCGAGAACGAGUAUCAGUGCAAGAACAACCGCUGCAUCAACAAGGAUUGGGUGUGUGACUUCGACAACGACUGCGGGGACGGUUCUGACGAGGGUAUCGAGUGCAGCAAGAAAUACCGCACCUGCACUGAAGAAGAGUUCGAGUGUGCCAAUGUUAAGUGUGUCAGGAAGACCUACCGCUGCGAUGGCGAGAACGACUGCGGCGACAAUUCCGAUGAAACUAAUUGCGAACCAAAGAAUAAAUGCGCUGCUGGAGAGUUCCAAUGUAAGAACGGCGACUGCAUCGACCUGAAGCUUGUGUGCAAUAAAGUUUCCGAUUGCAAGGACGACUCGGACGAGCCCUUACACUGCAAUGUGGAUGAGUGUGCCAAGGUCGAGAUAAACCAGUGCGGCCACAAGUGCAUCAACACCAUCAUCGGCUACGAGUGUGCUUGCAACACUGGCUACAAACUGAUGGAUGAUAAGAAAGCGUGCGAGGAUGUAAACGAGUGCACGGAACAGCCGGGCGUGUGUUCGCAAGAGUGUUUCAACACGCCAGGCUCGUACAGUUGCAAGUGUGAUGACCGUUACUACGUCAGGGAGAUCGAUAACAAGAGCUGUAAACGCAUCGACGACACGGUCCCCUGGAUAUUCUUCUCAAAUAAAUAUUACGUGAGACGUCUGACAACAGACGGGUCGCAAUACAUGCUCAUGCAACAAGAUCUCAGGAACGUCGUAGCUUUAGAUUUUGAUGUGAAAAACGAAGAGAUUUUCUUCGCUGACGUCUCAGCGAAAGUUAUAUACAAGGCCAAGAUUAAUAGCACAGAUAAGGAAGAAGUGAUCAAGCAUGAUAGUCAUGGUCUAGAAGGCCUCGCUGUGGAUUGGAUUGGUCGAAAAAUUUAUUGGCUUGAUCGUCACACUAAACAUUUGGAUGUUGCUGAAAUGGAUGGCAGAAACCGUCUCACGAUCAAGAAUGACGGUAUCAAUGAUCCCAGGGCUAUUGCAGUUCAUCCUGGAAUUGGGUAUGUUUACUUCACGGACUGGCACUUGCAGUCCUACAUCGGCAGGGUAGGCAUGGAUGGCUCCGACUUCUCAAGAAUCUUGACGUUUGAUCAAAAGAUCAUCUGGCCUAACGCCCUAACUAUAGAUUACUUUACGGAUAGAAUUUUCUGGGCGGACGCUCAUCUUGAUUACAUCGCGUUUGCUGAUUUGGAUGGAAUGAACAGACACGAAAUUCUCCGAGGCGAGAAAGUUCCUCAUGUCUUCGCUAUAACAGUUUUUGAUGAUUACGUCUAUUGGACUGACUGGAACCUCAAAGCCAUCUUGAAGGCGAACAAAUAUACCGGAGAAGACUUUGAGUAUCUGCGGAACACGACACAUCGACCCUACGAUCUGCAUGUGUACCAUCCCUUGCGUCAGCUGCCCUACGACAAUCCAUGUGGCAAUAACAAUGGCGGUUGUUCCCAUCUGUGUCUCUUGUCGCCACGGAAAGACAAGACUGUUGGCUACAAAUGCGCUUGCCCAAAUCAUUUCGUUCUGGACAAGAACAUGAAAUCAUGUACCGCCAAUUGCACGCAAGGCCAGUUCCGGUGUGGAGGUGAUGAUGAAAAAUGUAUCCCAUCGUACUGGAAAUGCGAUGGACAAAAGGACUGCGGUGACGGAACCGACGAACCAGGCGGAGAUGUUUGUCCCGAGCGUAAGUGUCGUGCCGGACAGUUCCAGUGCGAGAGUGGCGAGGGUUGUACGGCGUCCACCCAACUCUGUGAUGGACAUCGCGACUGUCCUGAUGGUUCUGAUGAAAAGAACUGCCAUAUAGAGUGCAAUAGCCUAGAGUUCAAAUGCCUUACAUCAGGCAAAUGUAUUAACAAGUCCUGGAAGUGUGAUGGUGACGUUGACUGUGCCGAUGGUUCAGAUGAAAAUCCAACCGUCUGCCAAAACAGACCUUGCGAUAAAGAAACUGAAUUCAGCUGCAAGAAUGGCAACUGCAUUAGCAAGCAGUGGUACUGCGAUGUCGAUAACGACUGUGGUGAUCACUCGGACGAGCCGGCCUUUUUGUGCCGUCAAAAGAACUGUACCGAGGGCUGGAGACGGUGUCCUGGGAGAGCUAACUACCGUUGUAUUCCUCACUGGCUUUAUUGUGACGGCAAGGACGAUUGUCGCGAUGGCAGCGAUGAACUUCCUGAAAACUGCCCGAAAUGCAACGAGAAAGGGGACUUCCAGUGCAACAACAAGCGAUGCAUCCCAAAGAGGUGGCUGUGCGACUUUGAGAACGACUGUGGGGAUAACUCAGAUGAACGAGAUGAAAUGUGCCAAAAUCAGUACCGUAAAUGUUCAGAAUCAGAGUUUCAAUGCAAGAACAAGAAGUGUAUUCCAAGCAGAUGGCGCUGUGAUCACGAUAAUGAUUGCAGCGAUGAGUCUGACGAACAAGAUUGCCGUGACCACGAAUGUAAAUCUGGUCACUUCCAAUGCUCAUCUGGACAUUGCAUCAAAGAUCAUUUCAGGUGCGACGGAGAUCGCGACUGUCGAGACCUCAGUGACGAACUGGAUUGUCCUCCUCGGUUCCCAGAUGGUCGUUAUUGCUCACCAGAUAAAUUCGAGUGCGACAAUCACCUUUGCGUGGAAAUGCGCGAUCUAUGCGAUGGCAGCAAUGAUUGCUACGACAACUCUGAUGAACGGGAACAGCUCUGCAGCAAUUACACCUGCAAUACACUACGACGCUUCCAAUGCAACAACCACAAGUGUAUUCCUCUCUAUCAAAAGUGUGAUGGCGUGGAUAACUGCGGUGACGGGUCAGACGAAAACAACAUGACAAUUUGUUCUCAUACUCCCCGGCCUUGCAUAUUUACCGAGUAUCGAUGUGCAAACCAAAAGUGUGUCCCACACCAUAAUAUCUGCGAUCACAAAGACGAUUGUGGUGACAUGUCCGAUGAACUGGGUUGCCACACUGGUCAAAAUUGCACCACAGGAGGCUGCGAACAGAGCUGCACGAACCUCAAAGAUGGCGGUUACGUCUGUCAUUGCGCUCGAGGCUUCCGAACUGUUCCAAACAAUCCAAAGGUGUGCGCUGACAUAGAUGAGUGCGCCGAGUUUUCUCACAACUGUUCUCAUCUUUGUAUCAACAUCAACGGAACCUACGGAUGUUACUGCCAUCACGGUUUUGAUGUGGAAGUAACAGGCGUAUGCCGCUUAUCGCAAGGAUCUAUCACGCUGGUAUAUUCCAAUGGACCUGAAAUUAGGGCCUUCAACAUGACCGCCGAAAGAAGCUUCGAUGUCAUACGGGGUGACAGCAUCGAAUCCCUGGAUUACGAGCCACGGUCUGGAAUUGUUUACUGGACGGACUCCUACGAAAAGUCCAUUAAGAGAUCGUACAUGCCGGGCUCCCCAGAAAGAGCAAAUGUUACGGUAGGCUACGCACAAGAUUUGGACAUAAAGAGCCGCGCUAAGCCAAGUGGCGUCGCUGUUGAUUGGGCAGCAAUGAAUCUUUACUGGACUGAAACUGACAGGAGUGGCAACAAACCUCGAGGUGCCGUCCUUGUGGCAACACUCGAUGGCAGAUACCGAAAUGCUCUUGUUGCCACUGGUCUGGAAGACCCGACAUCGAUAUUAGUAGAUCCCGAGCAUGGCGUCAUGUUCUGGACAGAUAUUGGUUCCAUUCCAAAGAUUGAAUCCGCUUGGAUGGACGGAACGAAGCGGCGUAUUAUCGUGUCGGAUGCGAUCAGUCAGCCAACGGGUCUAGCCCUCGACUACAGUAUGUAUCACACAAUAUAUUGGGUUGAUACGAAACUUAACAAGAUUGAAAUGAUGCGAGAGGAUGGUACAAGACGACGUCUUGUAGCGAGUGGCAAGCAUUUGAUGCAUCCAGUGGCUCUGGAUGUGUUCGAGUCAACCUUGUACUGGGUUACACGGGACUCCGGAGAGCUGUAUCAUCUGGAUAAGUUUGGACGUGGCGUUCCUGUGAAAUUACCUGGUGCUUAUGUAAACCCUUCGAGCAUUAAAGUGUUCGCCGACAAGAGGUAUAACACUUCCAUCGAAAGCGUGUGCCGUACGGACAACCCAUGCAGUCAUCUUUGUCUCAUCGUACCCAAAGGAUAUAAGUGCGCAUGUCCUGAUGGCAAAACGAAGAAGACAAGCAGCGUCGUUUGCGAUGCUCCCCACGAGGCAGUCAAAGCCAACCCCAAGGAAUGCGGCUGCCUGAACGGCGUGUGUGAAGCCGUUGAAGGCAACGACGAUCACUUGAGCUGCAUUUGUCGGGACGGUUACAGCGGCGAGCGCUGCGAGGAAUACGUCGCCAGGAGCCUCGUCUCGCCCCCCAACUGGACGCCCACGUCGGUCGUCGUGCCCACCGUCCUGUGUCUCUUCGUCCUUGGCGUUGUAGCUGCGCUAUAUGUGUUCCUAAGCAGGCGACACAUUACUCUGAAGGGCCGAGGCUUGCCGGGCUCGAGCGUCGUUUUCCGCCAGGGCACAAACGUGGAAAUCGGCCCCACCUCCUUCGGGGGAGCUGGCGACACUGGCAACGGGAUUCCCUUAGAAAGUGACAUAAACUUGAGUGGAGGUGAGAACCACAACUUUAGUAACCCCAUGUACGAAGCCAUGGGUGCGUCAUCCGACACAACUUCUGCUGUUGGCACCGCUGUUUCUGAAAAGGAUGCCGCGGGAGUCAAAGGCCUGUACGAGGUUCCUUUAGACUCGACGCCCGAGCGACCAGCUACUCUGACUGGCGAGCCUCUGGGGGUGGUCACUUCCGGAGGCGCCGGGACGAAACCCCUCAAGCCGACGCCGUCUAAACUGGCCAUUUUGUCGCCGUCGGCCAUCUUGCAGAAAACGGCGCCAAGUCUCAACUUGAGGCCAAAGGAACUCAGUCCUUCCUCAAGAGACACGGGAAAAGAUACACAAUCUUUAGUUACUGAAGAUGACAAUUCUGAAUGUUAAUUAGAUAUGAAAGCGUAACAUUUGGAUAUUUUCCUACAUGGGCUGUUAAUGAUGAAGUAGACUCGGGAAUAUUUUUGCUAGCUAGUGGUUACGCUGCGUAAAAAUAGAGUAUUCAUAUUUUAAUACUUGUACCAUUUAGGAGUCUGCUCGCCUGGUGUGUUGAUCAGGAUGACGCUGCAAGUAAAGAGCAUCGUAGCCAUGUUGAAAUAGGGUUUACUUAGCUGAAUUCAUCACAUUCCAUUGUUAUUCCUUCAAGUGAAUCAUUCGCUGCUGGCGAACAUAUCAAAUAGAAAGCUGAACAGGACAAAUUGAUUAGUUUUAGAUGCUGAAUUUACCUCCCCUAACAAAAUUUAGAGUCGCCCCAGCUUCUGGUAAUUCAAAUCAG